AUGGGUCUGAAGGGCCGCAGUGGCGCUAAUUGGCCACUGCCCGCGGAGUACGAGCAGCGGCCGCUGCUGCGCGUCGUGAAGGCGCUGCGGCAGGUUGACCACAAGCAGGCGCCGCCGGCGCUGCAUCGCUGCCGGCACACCGGGAUACAAAACAGCAAUGGUAUCAAAUCCUGCUACCUGAACAGCGUGGUUCAGGCCAUCGCGGCGACGCCCCCGCUGGCGGCGGCGAUCGCGGCGGCGGCGGUGCCCCGCAAGACGUUCAAGGGCGCCUCCCCAAGCGCCGCGGCCGCGCGGCGCGUCGUCGAGCUGCUGCAGCGCAGCCUGCAGCUGCUGAAUCAGCCCAGCAGCAACACGCGGAUUAUCACCCUGGAACCCCUGGUGUGCGCCCUGGGCGCCUUCCGCCCCAACGAGGGCUUCGUCCCCGGCAGCCCCGGCUGCCCCAUCGCCGCGCUGGACGCAAUCUUCGAUGCCGCCAAGGAGACGGGCGUGGACCUGGACGAGGUCGUGGCGGCGCGCGGCCGCAGCGACGUGCUCUGCGACCGCGGCUGCGCGAACCGCGGCGUGGCGGCGGCGCAGCGGCAGCUGGUGCUGCUGCCGCCGGGCUGCGGCGGCGGCGGCGGCGGCGGGGAGGGGCGCCGGGCGGGGCUGGCGGCAUGCCUGGAGGCGGGCGUUCCCCUGUUUGGCGAGGGCUGCCGGGUCUGCUAUAGCGCAUGCCUGGACGGCAGCGUGCAGCUGGAGGCCCUGGGCAGCGCCAUCGUCGCCCAGAUCCCGUUCGUGUCCGUCCAGUCCAACCAGAUCUCGCCAAGAUCUCUGGAGCCGCUCCUGGCGCCCGACUUCAUGCCCGAGCGCCUCGACGCAUCGUCGGCGCUGGGCGGCGGCGCGCCGCUGUGCACCGGCUGCAGCAGCCGCGGCAGCAGCAGCGGCGGCGCCAGCAGCGCGGGCGGCGCGAGCAGCGACGGCGGGUUCAGCGCCGGCGCCAGCAGCGACGGCAGCGGGGGCGCUCUGCAGUACGAGCAGUGCGCCGUGGUGCUCGGCUCCGCUGACCACUUCCUCGCCUGCACGCGCCGCGACGGGCGCUGGAUAGUGCAGAACGACACCGAGUGCUACGUCGUCGGCCAUGGCCGCAUCGAGGACGUCCGACGCCUGGUCCGCACCCUGCGGCUGCGGCCGGUGGUCGCGUUCUACCACACAGACGCCCCGCCGGCCGCCCUGCGGCGGCGGCCGUGCGGCUCGUGCGGCGGCGACUCGCAGCCGCUCGACGCGGCGCCGGGGCGGGGCCUGCUGGGGGGCGGCGGCGAUGACGAGGACGCUGACCUGGCGGAGGCGAUCCGCCUCAGCCUGGAGGAGCAGGAGGAGCAGGGGGCCCCGCAGGCCGGCGAGGCGGGCGAUGCGGCGGCCAGGAGCGGCGGCGCCCGCGGCGACGGCGACGCCGACGAGCUGCCGCCGCGGCCGACGAGCGCGUUUGCCUUCGUGUCGAAGAAGGCGCCGGCGCCGGCGCCGGCGGUCGCGGCUUCCGCCUCGGGCCGCGCGACGGCGCUCUCGCGCGUGCUGAGCCGCGGGCUGAGCCUGCUCAGCGGCAGCAGCCUGCGCGACAGCCGCGCGGUCAGCUUGGACGUCGACGCCGCGCCCGGCGCGGCCGCGCGUGCGGCGGACCCGGCGGCGAUGGCGCCGGUGCGGGAGGAAGAGCCGCGGGCGGCGGCGGCCCCCGAGGCGGCCGCGCCGGUGUUCUACGGCCCCCAGAAGCGCACCGCCGCGCAGCGCCUGGCCGGCGCGCUGCACAAGUGCGACAAGGUGGCCAGGGGCGCGGCGCUGUCCGCAGAGCAGCGGCUGGCGCGCGCCAGGGAGGAGGCCGCGGCGGCCGCCGCCGGCCUCAGGGCGGCGCUCGGCUGCCAGAAGGGCGGCGCGGCGGCGCUGCAGGCGCAGGCCGUCCCGAGCGGCGGCGAGGCAGAGUUGGGUGGCAGCCGCGGCGGCGGCGCGCUGAGGCGGCUGCUGCCGUCCUGCCUGCGGCCGAGGGCCGCGUGA